GAGAAUCCUUCCCCAGGACUUCCUUUUCGCAAGGCCGACGAUGAAGAGCAAGGCCGGCGACGUCGAGAGCGGCCAAGCCGCCGCUGCAUUGUACCCAGGCAUGCUCGAGAGCCCGCAGCUUCGCUGGGCUUUCAUACGUAAAGUGUACGCGAUCAUCCUGGUGCAGCUCCUCCUCACAGCCGGCGUGGCCACUGCAGUCGGCCUGGUGAAGCCCGUGUCGCGCUUCAUCGCCAAGACCUGGCCGGGGUUCGGCGUCCUCAUGGCCCUCAUCGUCUUAUCUUUCAUAAUUGUAAUCGUGCUGCGCGCGUACCACAACAGAUAUCCGGUGAACUUCGUCCUCCUGGGCCUGUUCACGGUCACGAUGGCGUCCAUGGUGGGUCUCUCCUGCGCUUUUUCAGAAGAAAAGGUCAUUUUGGAAUCGGCAAUCUUGACAAGUGUCGUCAUAGUCGCGCUUACUUUCUACACCUUCUGGGUCGUAAAGAGAGGCGGCGACUUCAGUUUUCUCGGACCCUUUUUGUUCGCUUCCCUCCUGGUAUUACUUGUUUUCGCUCUUAUUCAGAUCUUCUUUCCUCUGGGGAAACUAUCCAUGAUGAUAUUCAGCUGUGUGGCAGCAGUCGUAUACGCCGGCUACAUUGUGUACGACACCGGUAACUUGAUCAAGCGCUACAGCUACGACGAGUACAUUUGGGCUGCAGUUUCUCUCUAUCUUGACAUCAUCAACCUCUUCCUCAACUUUAUCAAUGUUUUCCGAAGCGGCUGAUCGCUAAGAAAAGCUGUUCGACACGGCCGUGCUGGAAUGAUGAUGGUGUCUUAGCUGAAGAUACCGAGGGAUAAAGAUUCUACGAGCAUGAUAAUAAUAGGGACAUGAAUAUAGUUUUCAAAGCAACUCUGACCUCGAGUUACUUUUUCAUUGGCCGUUUGAAGAAUCCUCAAAUAUCUUGAUUUGUGUAUAUCAAACCGUCUAAACUUUGCUUCGAAAAUGUAUUUGGAUAAAAUUAAGAUUUAUAGAGAGUGCUAUAGAUG